AUGUCUCGAGUCACAAACUCAAUCAAGAUCAAUAUCGCUGAGGAUAAUACUGCUUCCAUUGCUGCCCAAAUUCCACUCCCGUUGACACCUGCUUCAAAGGUAUUGGCUACUUCAAACGCACACGGAUUAAAUACCAUGGCGCUUCAUGACAGCGAGGACAUAGACCUCGCACAACAUAUGAAAAACCUUAAAGCUGCAUAUCGAAGUGCUCUCGGCAUCACAAAGAAAGGAAAAAAGCACAACAAGAAUAAGACCAGGGGAAAGCAAGAAUAUUCGAGUGAGAUAGAACAUACCAAGGGUACUAUCCAAGAGCUCGAGAACAGUGAGAGUAUCGUCGAUCAUUCACAGUCUAUUCAAGCCAUCACAAAUACAGGAGCCUUUUCAGGAAUUAUUGCAAACCCAUCUGGUGUCCGUUCUGAAAUAUCUAUGUCAAAUUCCGAGCCUCCGAGGAUCCUUACUGAUCAAUUGAGAUCCGUACAGCCACUUCAAAUCAUGGAACAAGCUAUGUUUCAUCAAUUACCACAGUCAGGAAGAACCACUCGAGGUCAAGUUGCGAGACAACAAGCAGGUCAGUAUGAUGGAGGUAUUUCAUUUCCUAGAGCGGCCGACACUGGAGAUGUUUUCUGGAGAUCACCUCAAGCCUCCAGUUAUAGUCCAUCUUCUUUCCCUGGUCCUCACUUUCUUUUGCGGACUGGAAACCUCAUUCAACAGAGACAUGAACAUAACACUAAUCCAUAUUAUGCUUUAGCGAUGAAGAAUAAUGUCAAAACAGAGACAAAAAAUAUCGAGCCUUUAACAGCAGAAAAACUUCGAUCAAUCUCGAAUGAGAACGAUCGUCCAGCUAUUUCUGUCAAGUACCCUUUGACAAAGCAAAUCAAAACACUGGAGCAAAUCGAAAGAGCUUGUGAAGCUAAGGAGGUAGCAACUCCUGCUCGUCAUUCUUCUUCAGCUCAAAUUGAAGAGGACUCCUUCAUUGACAUCAUAAUAAGUCGAUCGCCAGCUAAGCCGGUUUCUCGUAUCGAAGACUCCUUGGAGGAGCUUGACAAUCUGGAGGAUGCCAUUGAUGCACUCGAUGAAGCUACCACCGUGGAGAAAUUUGUUGCUACUUCAACCAAGAAGGUCAAUAUUCCAACCGAAGUUUCCUCUGACAGUGAUUCGAGAGAAUCGCUCAGACGAGGAUUCAUUGAGGAAAUUCCUGCCACCGGAUUGCGCGUACGUGUGCGUGGUACUCUAGCAUCUUCACAAAGACCAAAAUCCACCUACGCAACAGUUCGUGUCAAGCCUACAGCAACCAAAGAACCAACCCUCAAAAAGGCUAAGUCUAUGACUUUCGAAAGUUCAAGACCCGUUGUCAGUCCAGAAAAACAAACAACGGUAUCUCCAAGCAAAGUACCACGCCCAACUAGUCUCCUUCCUCCGAAGUCACCAACAAAGUCUACGAAGCCACCUACCAAACCAAUCUUUGAGCUUCCAGGUGAUGCUGUCGCUAAGCGGUUGAAGGAACAAAGAGAAGCACGUAUCGCGCAGCGAGAGUCAUCUGAGAUGACUAUUGUUAAAACUACCCCAGGCAGGAUCAAGUCAACAAAACCACCCACCAAAUCCUCACAAUUCGAGCUUCCUGGCGAAGCAUACUCUAGACGUAAGCGGGAAGCACACGAGGCAAGAGUCAAAGCUCAAGAAGAAGAAGAUCGCAAAAGACGUGAAUUCAAGGCUAGACCCAUGAGUAAAUUUGUUGCUUCUCGCACUCUUCCUCGCGAUACAGCCGCCAGUCGUGCCCGUCAAAGCAAAACAGGUGGUGAAAGUACCGAUAGCAGUGGUCUUACUGUAGGUAAGCGUGGAUCUAUAGUCGGCGCACAUCGUCCCUCAAUUCUUGACAUGCAAAAAGUCAAUGUAACCAGCUCAUCUCCACGCACUAAAGCCCCACCUGCACCUCUUACACGGAAACCAUCUUCUCACCCUCAUAAUCCUCGUGUGACCAUGCAACGUACGGUCUCGGAUUCAGACCAAGAGUUGCAACGUCAACGUGCAAAGGAACUUUAUAAUAGAGAUGCGCAAUAUACGGCAGAAAUUGAAAAGGAGAAGAAGGAUCGUGAGGCAGCUGCUAAACGUUCUAGAGAGGAAGCUGCGGAAAAGGGUAGACAGGCCAGUAGAGAGUGGGCAGAAAGACAGAAGGCUAAGAGAAUUUCCCAAGCCAUGGGUGAUGCUAGUCCACGUGGUAUUGCUUUUCUUUGA